UCUUCUUCUUGGUAAAAAAUAAUCAAUCUUAAAGAGAAUUCCAUCUCUCCAUCUCUUCUCCCUCUUCACCCUGUGUGGGUUAACUUAACGGAUACAUAGCAGUCCACUCCUCCUCUUUCUUCUCUUGUUCUUGGAAAGCUUCAAUCUCAUCCCUUGUUACUUGCUCUUUUUUUGUAGGCAGCUCUUUUUCCCAGCUCUUCCUCCCUGCCACCACUUGCCUCUCUCCUUCCUUCACUUUUUCUUUUUUGACGUGACCAGCGACAGGUUCAGAGCGAUAGCAGGCUGCCUAUCAAAGGAGGAGAGAUAAAGAGAGGGGGAGAGGAAGAGGAGAAGCCUGCUCUUUGAUCAAGUCUGUCAGCCCAAACAACCACAAAUACAGGCAGCAUGUCUACUCCCGUGUCCCCGUCCCCCUCCCUCUCCCCCCUGACCCUGGCCUCCCCCGUGGCCACCCCUGGGGCCUCUCCCCUGCCCUCCCCCCUCACCCCCCCUCCCAGGGUGCCAGUGUUCCAGAGGAAGGGGGCGCUGAAACACAAGAGGAUCAUCGAGGUCAAGGACCACCAGUUCACUGCUCGCUUCUUCAAACAGCCCACCUUCUGCAGCCACUGCACUGACUUCAUCUGGGGAAUUGGAAAGCAGGGAUUUCAAUGUCAAGUGUGCAGUUUCUCUGUCCACAAGCGAUGUCACGAGUAUGUAACCUUCACCUGUCCUGGAGCCCCCACUGCUCCUACAGAAGACUUGAAGAGUAAACACAGAUUUCGACCUCAGACCUACACUUCUCCAACCUUCUGUGAUCACUGUGGUUCUCUGCUCUAUGGCCUUAUCCAACAGGGCAUGAAAUGCUCCUGUUGUGAGAUGAAUGUCCACAAGCGUUGUGAGAGCCUGGUGCCCAGCCUGUGUGGUCAAGAUCAUACAGAGAAGAGAGGCAGGAUCCACCUGACCGUCCGUGGAGAGAACGAGGACAUCUUCAUCACAGUGCGGGAGGCUCGUAACCUGAUCCCCAUGGACCCCAACGGUCUGUCUGACCCCUACGUGAAGCUCAAGCUAAUCCCUGACCCCAAGAGCCAGAGCAAACAGAAGACCAAGACUAUCCGCUCCACACUCAACCCCGUCUGGAACGAGAGCUUCACCUUCUCGGUGCGUGGGCGGCAGUGGGACCGGCGUCUGUCGGUGGAGGUGUGGGAUUGGGAUCGUACGUCUCGGAAUGACUUCAUGGGAUCGCUGUCGUUCGGAGUGAGCGAGAUAUUCCGUCACUCAGUUAGCGGCUGGUUCAAACUGCUGGAUCAGGAUGAGGGAGAGUACUACAACAUGCCUGUCCCUGACGAAAAUGAGCCUAGUGGUCUAGAUGCUAUUCCCCCCUCCCUUCUCCCCCCCUCCCUGAGGCCUGCCCCUGUGUCUGUGUCUGUGUCUGUCCCCGUGUCUGUCCUGUCCCCCUCAGCCCCGUCAGUCCCCUGUCUGGCCACCCUACCUGCAGGACCGGUCAAGCCCAGGGUUUGCCUCCAGGACUUCAACUUCCUCAUGGUGCUGGGCAAAGGCAGCUUCGGAAAGGACCGUCUCUACUAUGUGAUGGAGUAUGUCAACGGAGGAGACCUCAUGUUUCACAUCCAGAUAGUUGGCAAGUUCAAAGAGCCUCACGCAGCGUAUGUAUACAACCUACUUCCCUAUCUCUCCAUCCAUCGUGCCAUCUGGUUUUAUUAGUCAAGCAGAUUAACAUACAUAUC